UGGGGGCCACCAGCCGCCCGUAUCUCAUGCUGGGCCAAUGCAUCCACAGCCCCACCAACAGGGGCCACCGCAAGGUCCUCCCGGUCCACACAUGCAGCACAUGGGGCCUCACGGAGUGCCUCCAGGCCAGCAACAUAUGAUUCAGCAACACCCGUCCAGUAUGGGGCCUCUUAUGCCCCCACACGGUCCGCCUGGAGGCUACAUGGGCCCACAGGGUCCCCAUCCAGGUCACCCUAUGCAAAUGGGACCACAUCCAGGGCACCAUGGUCCCCACCCCGGGCCUCACGGAGGGCCGAUGGGCCCAAUGGGUUUGGGACCUCACCAGGGCCCGCCCAGCUCUCAAGGCCCGUCCCCCGGCGGUCACCAAGCACCGCCACACCAGAGCUCAGGAGGGCCCCCUGGCCCCCACCAGCAAGGUCCUCCUCAUCAGGGACCACCUGGUGGCCCUAACCAACAAGGGCCUCACCAAGGGCCAGGUGGACCUCACGCGCCUGGCCCAAUGCAGGGACCCCACCAAAGCGCAGGAGGACCCCACCAUCAGGGGCCACCUCACCCAGGCCAAGGUGGCUCUCCAUUGCACCAAGGGCCCACUCACCAAGGUUCUGGACCUCCAGGUCCAUCACACCAAGGACCGCCCCACCAGGGUCCAGGCCAUCAAGGUCCCUCAGGACCGCAUCAGGGUCAUUCAAUGUCUGGACCUAUGCAAGGAGGUCACCAUCCUCCCGGACCCCAUCAAGGUCACCAUCAAGGCCCUCCAGGACCUCAUCAGGCACAAGGACCACAUCAGGGCCCUCCAGGUGCGCCACAUCAAGGUCCACCAAACUCGCUGCCUGGCCCUAUGGGGCAUCAAGGUCCAUCAGGACCUCCGCACCAAUCCAUGCCGGGAGGGCCACACCAAGGAAUGCCCCAUCAUGGGCCACACCAAACGAUGCCUCCACACCAGGGUGGUCCAAUGCCAAUGCACCCGGGGCAGCAUCCCCAAGGACCGCCCCACCCAGGCCACCAGGGCAAUCCUCCGCAGCAGGGCUAUAACCAACAAGAAAGUCUGGGCGCAAUGCAAAGAGCCAUUGACUCAAUGGACGACAAAGGUUUGCAAGACGAUCCGCGCUUUCCUCACCUGUCAUCAAUGCGCUCCCGUCAGGGCAUGCCGAGUCAGGGAUACGGGCCCGGACCUUCAGGUCCAGGUGACGCUGGCAGUGGCCGAGGUCCGAGUCAGCCACAUAAUUUCUCGCCUCAGCAACUGCAGCAGUUGAAGGCGCAGAUCAUGGCGUACCGAAUGUUGGGCCGCGGUGCGGCCGUAACACCGCAGGUGGCGAUGGGCGUACAGGGCAAGCGCAUGGAUUGCCUUCCAGGAGCACCACCGAACCAGCCCGGCGGUCCUGUUCCCUCGCCAUUGAUGGGCAGCCCUGGAAGUCAGUCGCCAGGGCCCCCACACAUGGGUUCUCCAGGGCCUUACCCUGCCAGGGGCAGUCAGUCCCCGUCUGGGGCUCCACAGCCCCAGCAACCACCCACGCCGCAGGGACCACCAGUUUCCCAGUCGCAGCCUUCACCCGAGAGUGGUGCUACCACAAGCUCCUCCUCCGGCCCUGCCAGCACCAGCAGCUCUGCCCCUCCUGCCUCCGCCUCCUCCCCCCAAAUGAGCCACCCCAUGCGUCCCCCGUGUCCCCCCGGGGGUCAGCCGCCGAACCAGUCGCCCAUGAUGGCGCAGAUGGCCCCUACGACGGGGGCCCCGCCACCCGUGGGCGUGCCACCGCCUCCCCACAUGAUGCCCCGCCACUCAGGGCCCCCGGGUCCUGGCGGCGGUGGCCCACCAAUGCUUGGCGGCCCGCCCCCCGCGGGUGGCUUCCACCCCAUGAUGCCCCAGCAGCGUCCCGGCAUGCCCGGAAUGCCCCCGCAGCACAUGCCCCCGGGGCAGCAAGCCCCUCAGCCUAACGCUUACCCUGCUCAAAUGCAAGGCCCUUCAGGUACGCAACAGCAGCCAGGCCCGACCGGACCGCCCAUGCCCCUGGGGCAGCCGCAGCAGCAGCCGCAGCAGAAGUCUCAGGUCAGAGUGACCACCCUGGCCAAACCGAACGGCAUCGAUCCAAUUGCGAUGCUGAGUGAGCGAGAAAACAGGGUGGCAGCGUCGAUAGCGUUCCGAAUUGAAGAGCUGACACAGAUCGCCCCGACCCUACCUGAAGAUCUGAAAAUCAAGGCCCAAAUAGAGCUGCGAGCGUUGAAGGUACUGAACAUUCAGCGCCAACUGCGGGCCGAGAUCGUGGCGUGCACAAGACGUGACACUACCCUGGAGACUGCCAUCAACAUCAAGGCGUACAGGCGGACCAAAAGGCAAGGUCUGCGCGAAGCUCGCAUAACCGAAAAGCUGGAAAAGCAGCAAAAAAUGGAGGCUGACCGAAAGCGCAGGCUGAAACACCAGGAGUACCUCAACACGGUGCUUCAGCACAGCAAAGACUUCAAAGAGUUCUACCGCAACAACUUGGUCAAAAUCGCCAAGGUAAAUAAAGCCGUGAUGAACUGGCACGCCAACGCGGAGAGGGAGCAGAAGAAGGAACAAGAGCGCAUCGAGAAGGAGCGUAUGCGGCGACUGAUGGCCGAGGACGAGGAGGGCUACCGCAAGCUCAUCGAUCAGAAGAAAGACAAGCGCCUCGCAUUCCUCCUCUCGCAAACUGAUGAGUACAUUUCAAACCUGACAGAAAUGGUCAAGUCGCACAAAAUGGAGCAAAAGAAGAAACAAAUUGAAGAGAAAAAGUUGUCACAGCAAAAGAAAAAGAAAGGAGACGAAGGCGAGAAUAACGACGAGAGCUCGCAGUCUAGCGAUGUUCGCGUGAACGUGAUUGAUAAGGCAACAGGCAACACACUGACUGGAGAGGAUGCGCCGCUGGCUAGUCAGCUGAAGGAGUGGCUUGAACAACAUCCUGGUUGGGAGCCAGAGGACGAGGACUGGGACGCAGCAGACUCUGAAGACGAUGAGUCUGGCGAGAAAAAGGCGGACAAGGAUGGCAAAAAUGAUGAGGAACACAACAAAAAGCCAAUGCAUAAAGCCAAGGUUGAAGAUGAUGAGUACAAAAAGAACAGUGAGGAGCAGACAUACUACAGCAUCGCUCAUACCAUCGGUGAAGAGGUCAAAGAGCAAGCCAGUAUCUUGGUGAAUGGCAAUCUCAAGGAAUACCAAAUUAAGGGUCUGGAAUGGCUUGUGUCUUUGUACAACAAUAAUUUGAACGGUAUCCUGGCCGACGAGAUGGGUCUGGGUAAGACAAUCCAGACAAUUGCCUUGAUUACCUAUCUGAUGGAGAAGAAAAAGGUCAACGGCCCCUUCCUCAUCAUUGUUCCCCUCUCGACCUUGUCAAACUGGGUGUUGGAGUUUGAGAAGUGGGCACCAACCGUGCUGGUGGUAGCGUACAAGGGGUCGCCGUGCAUGCGGCGCACUGUGCAGAGCCAGAUGCGCUCGACCAAGUUCAACGUGCUUUUGACCACAUAUGAGUACGUAAUUAAGGACAAAGCGGUGCUGGCCAAAAUGCACUGGAAGUACAUGAUCAUCGACGAGGGCCACCGCAUGAAGAACCACCACUGCAAGCUGACGCAGGUGCUGAACACGCACUACAUCGCGCCACACCGCCUCCUGCUCACCGGCACACCGCUGCAAAACAAGCUGCCAGAGCUGUGGGCGCUCCUCAACUUCCUGCUGCCUUCCAUCUUCAAGUCGUGCAGCACUUUCGAGCAGUGGUUUAACGCCCCCUUUGCUACCACCGGUGAGAAGGUGGAGCUCAACGAGGAGGAAACCAUCCUCAUCAUCCGCCGUCUGCACAAAGUCCUCCGACCCUUCUUGCUGCGCCGACUCAAGAAGGAGGUCGAGGCGCAGCUGCCCGACAAGGUCGAGUACAUCGUCAAAUGCGACAUGUCCAGUCUGCAGAAGGUGCUCUACAGGCACAUGCAGAGCAAAGGUGUAUUGCUGACUGAUGGCUCGGAGAAAGGAAACAAAGGCAAGGGUGGUGCUAAAGCCCUUAUGAACACGAUUGUGCAGCUGCGCAAGCUAUGCAACCAUCCUUUCAUGUUCCAACACAUAGAGGAGAAAUUCUGCGACCACGUUGGCUGCACAGGCACUACAGUUAGUGGGCCUGACUUGUUCCGCGUCUCUGGCAAAUUUGAGCUUCUAGACAGAAUACUGCCGAAGCUAAAGGCUACGAACCACCGCGUACUGCUCUUCUGUCAGAUGACGCAGCUGAUGACCAUUCUGGAGGACUAUCUCGGCUGGAGAAACUUCAGCUAUCUCCGACUAGAUGGAACGACCAAGUCAGACGAGCGUGGUGACCUGCUUAAAAGGUUCAACUCCAAGGAGUCGACCUACUUCAUCUUCCUGCUCAGCACAAGGGCUGGUGGCCUCGGUCUCAACUUGCAGGCCGCUGACACGGUCAUAAUUUUCGACUCGGACUGGAAUCCUCACCAGGACUUGCAAGCUCAGGAUCGCGCGCAUCGCAUUGGCCAGCAGAACGAGGUGCGUGUGCUGCGUCUGAUGACGGUCAACUCGGUUGAGGAGCGAAUCCUGGCCGCGGCGCGUUACAAGCUCAACAUGGAUGAAAAGGUCAUCCAGGCCGGCAUGUUUGACCAGAAAAGUACAGGUUCUGAGCGUCAGCAGUUCCUCCAAAGUAUUUUACACCAGGAUGAAACUGAGGAAGAGGAGGAGAACGAAGUUCCUGAUGACGAGACAGUAAACCAGAUGAUCGCGCGUUCCGAGAACGAGUUUGAGAUUUUCCAGCGUAUGGACAUCGACCGGCGGCGCGAAGAAGCAAAGCUGGGUUCAAGUAGGAAGUCGCGACUGAUAGAGGAAAGUGAGUUGCCCGACUGGCUGGUCAAGGAGGACGACGAGGUCUUCCAGUACGAGGAGGAAGAGGAGAAGUUUUACGGGCGCGGCACCAGGCAGCGCAAGGAGGUCGACUACACUGACAGUCUCACCGAGAAGGAGUGGCUCAAAGCAAUUGAAGAGGGUAGCGAGGACUUUGAGGAAGAAACAAAGAAGGUGAGAAAGAAGACGCGGAAGCGCAAGCGCAAGGGCGAAGACGAGGACGAGGAGGACGUGAACGACAGUCUGGCGGGAUCAAGCUGCGCCAGCCCUGCCUCCACCGGGGGUGGCGGCGGAGGCAGCAAGAAGCGCAAGAUGACAGCCAACGAUAAGAAAAUGAAAAACGGGCUAAAGAAGCUGAUGGAAAUUGUCGUAAAGUACACUGACAGUGACGGACGCGUGCUGAGUGAGCCAUUCAUGAAGCUUCCAACGAGGAGGGAGCUGCCUGACUAUUAUGAAGUUAUCAAAAAGCCACUUGAUAUUAAGAAGAUACUUGCUAGAGUUGAAGAUGGAAGGAUCUCAGAUUUUGACGACCUGGAGCGUGACUUCAUGCAGCUGUGCAAGAACGCGCAGGACUACAACGAAGAGGCGUCGCUGAUUCAUGAGGAUUCGAUUGUGCUGCAGUCAGUGUUUACGAACGCGCGGCAGCGGCUGGAGCAGGAAUCCGACCUGGGCAAGGACGACGACUCGAUGGCGCCGGAUGACGACUCAGAGGAAGAGGUGGAGCCGGCCAAGAAAGGCCGCAAACCCAAGGGCCGCACGCCAGGCCCCAAGAAAAAGCGCGGCCCCAAAAGCAAGUACGUGAGCGAUGACGACGAAGACGAUGCGCAGCCAGGACCGUCGUCUGCCACAUUUGGCGCUGAAAAUUUCCCCAGCCUCUAGUUCUACGCGUAACUCUAGUACUUCCAGAUUUAUUUACAUGUACACGCAUCUUUUAAAAACAAACUGACGACAUCUCGUGUUAUUUAUAUAGCUGUAUUUUAGCUUUGUUCUUUUCGUUCCGGGCGACGCUAAUGCAAUUUUUGGCCCUUUUACUUCUCGUGACCAGAGUAACACUAGAACUUGUGUCAUUUCUGUCAAUUUUUGUUUGUAUGUGCAUCAGAUCAAUAUAUUGAAAUGUAUAUCGA